UCUUGAAUGACCUUAUUUUCUGCUAUAAAUGCACCUAUCUUCAAUUCCAUUCGCUUUAAUCUUAUGGUUUGGUAAUAAGCUUUGAAGCCUGUCUGAUCACUUCGUAUCGUCUUUUCCAUUUUUAAGAUGAUCUUCGACGCCAUUAAGGUUGCUGUUUAGCUGUCGAUCGAUAAUGGGAGGGUGUGUCUCGAGGCCAAACAAGAAGCUAAAAGCUAAGGCUAAGUGCUUCUACAAAUCGUGCCACCUUCGCCGGAGAAUCGCCCCCUCGAGCCCAUUUGCAGCCCCUCCCGACAUUCGAUUUUCUUGCCAAGAACACGUGUCCGAACAAAGCCAGUCAGAAACGUUGCAGGACGAGCAAUGGUUCGACUCGCAUAGUGUCCUAAACUCCGACUGCGACGACGACUUCAUCAGCAUCGCCGGAGACAGCGUCGCCUCUCUCGAUGUCCCCACGGAUUGCUCGACUAACAUUAACAUCUCUAGACACAUUUCAUGUUCCUCCAAGAGGUAUUCGGACAAUCCGAGAGCCGGGACAAUGCUCAAGCCGUCAGUGGAAGAAAUUCGAGGCCACGGCUAUUGGUGCCCCGUCGCGCCUUCUGUCUUUAAGCUGCGCGGAGAAAAUUAUUUCCGGGACAAAAAGAAACUCCCCGCUGCGAAUUUCUCGCCAUACGUACCUAUAGGCAUCGAUUUAUUUUCCUGUCCCCGGAAAAUAAACCACAUUGCGCAGCACGUCGAGCUUCCCUGUCUUAAAUCGCACCCGGAAGUUCCCUCGUUGCUGAUCAUCAAUAUUCAGCUUCCGGCUUAUCCAGCUUCGAUGUUCCCCGGGAACAAUGACGGCGAAGGUAUGAGCCUUGUGGUGUAUUUUAAGGUAUCGGAUGAUUUUGACCAAGUUAUUUCUCCGGCGUUUUUGGACACUCUGAAGAGGUUUACGGAGAAUGAGAUGGAAACCACGAAAGUGUUCGGAAGGGAGACUGUGGUUGCUUACAGGGAGAGGCUGAAAAUUAUGGUUAAUCCGGUGAAUCCCGACGAGCUUGGAUUGAGCUCUGCCGAAAAAAAGCUCGUGCAGGCGUACAAGGAUAAGCCGGUGCUGUCGCGGCCGCAACAUGCUUUUUUUAAGGGGUCGAAUUACUUUGAGAUCGAUCUUGACGUGCAUCGGUUUAGCUAUAUAUCAAGGAAAGGAUUCGAAGCACUACGGGGACGGCUCAAACAAGGGAUACUUGAUCUUGGAUUGACUAUUCAGGCUCAGAGUCCCGAGGAGCUACCGGAGAAAGUUUUGUGUUGCGUGAGAUUGCUCGGGAUCGAUUUUGUGAACGUAGGUGAAAUUCCAGCACUUGUCACGACUCCGGGUGGUGAUGAAUGAAUAGUUUUAUAUCUAUCGAGUUGAGUAAGUUUGAUUCGACUUCGAGAUUGUGUUGUUUUUUCGAAAACAACUAAUAAUAUGAGAAGUUGAUUGUAAGAAAAAAACAAGGUUACUCGUCUAAGAUGUAUCCCCAUCUUUGUGCUAAAUAACAUCAUUCUUUAAU